AUGGGGAUAACGCACCUCCUGCUUCUGCUGAUGUACCUGGACCCGCUGAACGUGCUGCGCGCCGCCGCCGACCACCCCAAGAGGAGCCGCAGCCCGCCGCCGCGCAGGAGCCCCCCGAAGGUGAAGGAGGUCAACGGCAGCAGCACCGCGGCGCCGCCGGCCGCGCCGGGGCGCGUCACGCAGCUCCAGGCGCCCCCCGCCGUGCAGCACAACACCUGCCUGGGCUACUACGACGUGAGCGGCCAGUACGACAAAGAGUUCAGCUGCAACAACACGGACCACCGCUUCUGCUGCGGCAGCUGCUUCCUGCGCUUCUGCUGCGCGGACCGGGGGAAGCGGCUGGAGCAGCGCGGCUGCACCAACUACAACACGCCGGACUGGAUCAAGACGCAGCAGCCGUCCCCGGUGCCGACCGGCGACACGUACGACCCGGAGCUGGACCAGACCAACGCCACUGUGUACAUCACGUGCGGCGUGGUGGCGCUCGUCAUCGCCAUCGGGAUCUCCGCGAAGGUCGCGUACGACAAAGCCACCAAGCCCCCCCAGGAGAUGAACGUGCACAGAGCCCUGGCAGACAUUCUGAGGCAACAAGGACCGGUUCCAAUAUCGCAGUACGAACACGAGAACCUUGGGGCCAUUGACGGAUCGCCCAAAGACGAGACGCCGGUCAGAACCUUGAAGAACCACUACACGCCCGUCCACGCCAAGGCGUCCAACCACGGGCAUUAUGGGAAAGAGAACCUGCGCGGCGGAGGCCCCGACAUGCACAACUUCAUCUCUUCUGGGUUUGUGACACUCGGACGAGGCCACUUGAAAGCGCAGCACUCCAUAGACGAAUCGGGGCAGAUGCCCUGGCAAGGCGACCUGGACAUCCCCCUCUCCUACGGAAACCAUCACCACGACUACCAGCACAGCCACCUGGACCUGACCGCACUCACACCUAAACUGGCCCACAGACAAAUGAGACACGAGAGACCCCAGCGGAUGAACAACAUCCUGACCUCAUCCACGGAGCCCUACGACCUGUCCCUGUCCAGGUCCUUCCAGAACCUCAGCCACCUGCCGCCCUCCUACGAGCUGGCCCUCAAGUCUGACUUAAGUAAAUACUCCUCCUCUCUGCACAAAUUGAGUGAUAAGGACGUAGACGAGUACUACGCCAGGAAGCAUCACCAUCCGGAGUUUGGCGGCCGCGGUCCGACCCACAUGGUGAAGCUGAACGUGGAUCCCCCGCAGCAGCACCAGCAGCAGCACCAGCACCACGAGCAGCGGCAGCGGCCCCGCCGGGUCCAGAGGGCCAUGUCCCAGGACCACGUCCUGUCCCCUCCCAGGACGCCGCGGCGCGGAGACGACGGCCUGUCCUCGUACGGCGUCAUGGCGGCCGCCGCGUACGGCAGCAGCCGCCACCUCUCGGAGGAGCAGCUGCUGUCGGCGGACCGCCUCCGCUCCCAGGAUCCGCUGCUGUCGCCGGCGAUGAGGCGCGACAAGUUCCGGGAGAAGGCGAUGGUGCGGGCCAUGUCGCACGCCGACAUGCUGAUGCCGGUGACGCCCGUCAUGGACGGCCACAAGAUGACCAAGAUGCACUCUCAACCCACCGCCUCGACCGACUACAACACGCUGACGGUCAACCACCAGGGGACCACGUCCAAGAGGCAGGCGUUUGCCUCCCGACGAACACACACGGUGGACCACCUUCAGUACAUUCCCGGUCACCACCACACAUACCGCACUGCCAGUAAGAACGAGGUAACUGUUUGACGGCCGAAGGGUUCCCGAGACACGGCGAGGACGUCGAGAGAAAAUCUACAUUCCGUCUUCGUAGAUAAACCUCCAACAUAAAAAAAAAAUACAGAAACUCUUCCUGCUUUUUCGCACAAGCUACCCGUGUCGUCCAGAACCGAGCCCGGCAAAGACUUCUCUCUUAGAGCAUCUUAAGGGCUUAGCGCGUUGACACAAAGACGUUUCACAGCCCGAAGAAAAUAUUUUUUAAACUCGACAUGGGACUGGCAGGGAAUUGUAUCGACUUUAUAAAUAUAUAAAUAUACUAUAUUUACUAUUUGUAUUUUCAGUCCUUGUUAUAGCGUUAGACAUUGACUGAUGUAAGCGCCUCGAGGAGGUGCCCCUUAAAACGGUCCCACUUCAGCCAUGAAGUGGAUUUGUGGGUUAAAAAGCACAAUUUAUGAAUUCCCUUCUUCCGUUUGGUUUAUUUUACUCUUCUUUUGGUGAACGGCCAGAUUCAGCUUAUUAGUGAAAACAGGUUAUUUCUGUUGCAUACAAUAGAAGAUUGUAAAUAGGCUAAGUUAGCAGCGUUAAAACAAGAAGAACUGGCCAUUUUUGACAUUAUCGUUUUGUUCGGUUUCCUCCCACCGGGAAUCUUAUCAUGGGUUCCCAAUUAAUAAUUUUACUUUUUAGAUAAGACAAAAAUCGAAAGACAAUUAUUUCCACAGAUGUCUGCAAAAUAUUUGGAUGUAAAUGUAUGUGGGUCGUAUUUGUUUUAGUUUUUUUUUAACCUGUGCUUGUAGCAUAGAAUGACGAGAAAAAAACCCACAGGAAUAGAAUAGAAGUAGAAUGGACAUUACACUUAUUUCAUCAGUCAUUUGACAAAAUAAAUAGGCAAUUGUUGUUACGGUAACCGGUCAAAUGGAUGGCUAGUUAGCUAGUUAGCUCAUGCUUAGACUACCGGGGACCUAGCACACCGGGGCUGAAAGCAUGGUGGAAUUAGUACAGCUAUCUAACUAGCCAGCCUACCGUUAGCUUAAUUCCACCAUGUUUUAAUGUGCUGACUUUCCCUCGUGUGUUCUCUAAGCUUUACUUCCCUGCUGCUGGUUUAGCAAUGAUACACAUCAAAAUUGCUGCCGCCCACCCCCGCAAACAUGUUUUGCAGGGGAAUGUCUGUUCUACUCUAUUCUAUUUCUAUGGAAACAACCUUUCACUGUCGCCGACCGGCAGCUCCAGUCUGCAGACGUCACUCCACGUGUGAAAAAUCGAGCCCUGGAAAUGGUUGUUGGAAUUAAGAUAAAUUUCUGUCGACACGUUUCUUUCGCUUCGUCAGCCACGAGGAUGCCCCUCCUCCUUUCCCGCGAACUCUGCUCGUUUUUUGUGAUUGGCCAGCUGCUCCCAUCCCUACAGAUCAGGUACCCGUUGUGUCGGAGCUCGUAGUUUUGUGCCGCUGUGUCGACUGAAACAAUCAAAUGACGUCAUAACCGCUAGUCAGUCGAGCAUUAAUUAAAACUGUGAACUGUUUGUCCAGAUGUUUCCAUUAAAGCAAUGCCUUAUUGUUUGGAAUCGUAUGUGCUCUUAAUUGAACAAUCAGGCUUUUAUCGCGAGUCUCGUUGUUUUAGCUUUUCUCUGAUUAUCGUCUACCGGCAGUAAAAAUGCAAGAAAAAUGUGCAACUGCGAGAUAAUUACUUUCAUGCGACUGUUUUGAAAGACACAAGUCUAAUGUCUCUAAAUCCAGAUGUAAAGCUACGCUAGGUAGUGAACUGGUUAUAAAGCAUCUUUACAGGAGUCAAAUCUAAUGCUCUGACGGAAAACCAGAAAAGUUCUACCUUUCUGUUAAUCACGUUCGUCGUGUUCAUAAAGAUCCUUUUGGGGGAGUGGCUCUGGAGGAAGGCCUGAGGGGCAGACGGUCAGAGAAAAGCCCCGCACCUUGACAUAGGAACCAAAUGAUGAAAUUACUUCCCGGUCAGUCACUAUUGUGCCCCCCCAAAAAAAAUUUACAUUGGUAAAUAUGUCUAUAAAAUGCCCUUUUUAAAAUCUAUAAGUCCUAAAAGUUCUAAUGUGCACAGAUAGCUGAGAGGCGGGGUUAAAGGAAACAGUGGUGCGCUAAUCACUGGAACAUCACCAGACGAUCCGGGAUAUUUUAAUCCCGGAAAUCAUUUUUUUUAAUUAUUCAAUUGAAAAGCGUCGUCAACACUAUUUAAAAACUAGCGUACCCUUGUAGGUUUCACCAACGGUACGUACCCAAGCUUUCAGGUCCCAAAUUAAGACAGAGUCCAGAACGUGGACCCGUGAAGACCUCUCCAAAGAGUCCAAAGGCCGUGACAACAUCUUUGUCUUUUGCAGCGUCUCAUUACACAUAAAUCCAAAACUGUGUUGCAAUGGUCUCAUGUAUGUCCAGGUUGUGUUUUUUAUGACCUGUUAGGGAUGUGGAAGGUUGGCCAAAUGAAUUCAACACAUUUAAGUUUUCUUUAAUUCUUCUUAACUUUAAUAUGCUGAUUUCCUUUUCUUUUUAAUGCCAUGACUGUUUUAAAUUAUGUCAAUUAGAGGGUUGGCCCCCAAAUCAUUGUCUUUGUGCAUAUAUUGUGUUUUUGUUCCUUGGAGGUGAUGAAGUACAUGAACAGUGAGCUUCAGACACACGUCUGUCCCCGUUCACCUCUCUCAACCAACCUCCUCUAACUUCUUUCCCCUUAAUUAAUAAUGAUGUCAUCCCAAGAGCUUUUUGUCUUUUCUUUUUCAAUCUAUGUGCAAUAUUUGCUCGUCAUGCAGCAUAUCUCUAUAGCUACUUCUAAAAUGUAGUGAGGUUCAUUCGCUGCCAUAAAGGCCUUGUUGUCCUUCGUUGCCCAUGUCGGGCUGUUGUCUUCAUAGUCAGAGGUUUGUUUUAUAAUAAACUCAAUGUGGUGUGAAUGCAACCGGUGUAACUGGAGACGGAUUUAAAGGCUUCACAACAACUAAACACUACUGUUCUUGUGCAUUUCCUGUUUGUUUACAAACUAUUAAAGCACAUCA